AUGUCUGGCCGCCGUCGACAUAAUUCAAAUAGCAUUGAUCCAAAUGAAGAUCCAGUUGAAGGAUUGGAAAGAGUAUUUUCGAAUUCAAAUUUAGAACAAAUGGCAAGAAGGCGACGAAGACAAGAACAGGAAAAUGAAUUGAUUGAAUCGGCAAUUCCAAGAUCAGAAAGUCAUGAAGCAUUAUCAGCCAGAUAUGAAAGUUUGAAUUAUGAAGUAUCAGAAAAUAAAUUAUAUCGAGAAGCUGAAUAUAAAACUAGUCAUCAGGUACUUUUUUUUGUUUUUGAGUAAAAAAUUAGAAUCCAAAAAUUUCUAGAUAACAUUGUGGAGAAUUUCACGAAAUCGAUGGAUCGCUUGUUUUUUCAUUGGAGUUAUUACUGCUUUAGUUGCCGCAUUAAUCGAUAUUGGUGUACAUUAUAGUAAAGACAUCAAAUUUAACUGGAUUCUGAAAUACUGUGAGUUUUCUACCAGGGCUUUUUCCAUCUUCAUUUCCAAUCGCAACAUUUUUCAGUGAUUUCAAAAUGUGAUGAAGAACAACGUGGAACAACAUCAGGUUGUAUGUGGACUGUUAUGAUUGCCUGGAUUGCUUAUAAUUGUAUUCUUGUCACAAUCGCCUCUUGUCUUGUUAUUUUCGUUGCUCCAAUCGCUGGUGGUUCGGGAAUCCCGCAAAUCAAAUGCUAUUUGAAUGGAAUUGCUAUCCCCGAAGUUGUUCGACCACAGCAAAUUUUUUUCUACGUGACCUCAAAUAAAAAAAUCAUUGCAGAAUGUGUUUUUCACGCGGCACACACAUCUGGGCGGAGCCUAAUAAAAUCCUGUUUUUACUCGUUUUUUGAGGAUUUGAACCCGAAUUUCAGGGAAAAGUUGAUUUUUCACUAUCAGAAUUGAGCAAAGAAGGGUUGAGGGAGGUCCGGAAGACAGAUAAUUGCUUAUUAAUCUUCUAAUUCCGCUCAAAAUGACGUUUCUCCAUAUUUUUCUCGAUUUUCCCAGGAAAGACAAUAAACUUUUGAUUCAAAAAACUAUUACUACUUGAAAAAUUAUCAACUACUUCUAAAAAUGUAGUUUGAGCAUGUUUCCUUCGGUUUCGGCUUCAAAAACACAUUUUUUGUGAAAAAAAACACAAAAAAAGACAUUUUUUUGCGAAAAUACUGUAGCGACACGUGAAAUUGUGCAAUGAGAAAAUGCGUAGUGAAAAAUUUGCUGUGUCGACUCAAAACUCUUGUUUCAAAAGCAGUCGGUGUUGCUUGUUCUGUCGGAGGCGGUUUGGCUGCUGGAAAAGAAGGGCCAAUGAUUCAUUCUGGAGCUGUUGUUGGAGCUGGAGUAUCACAGGGAAAAUCAUAUUCGUUGGGAAUUGAUUUCGGAAUUUUCAAAGAGUUUCGGAAUGAUCGAGAGAGACGAGAUUUUGUUUCGGCUGGUGCUGCGGCUGGAGUUGCUGCCGCUUUUGGAGCACCAAUUGGGGGAGUUUUAUUCUCAUUGGAAGAAGGAGCCAGUUUUUGGAAUCAGAAUUUGACGUGGAGAAUGGUAAGAACUCGAAUUGGAUUUGAAUUCCUAUUAUUUAUCUAUAUUUUACAGUUUCUUUCAUCAAUGAUUUCUUCAUUCACAGUAAACUGUAUUCUUGGUUGGUUUAAUGGUCGAAGUGGAUGGCUGUCUUGGAAUGGUCUUGCGAAUUUCGGUGUUUUCGAAAAUAAGGAUUAUAAUGUUUGGGAAAUUCCAAUAUUUUUAUUGAUCGGAAUAAUUGGUGGAGUUCUUGGAGCAUUGUUUAAUUAUCUGAAUACAAGAUUGACAGAAUUCCGAAAAACGUGAGUUUUUUUGGGAUCAGAACUUUUUGGCAGUUUUUGAAUCAGACCAUAGGAAUCGGACCUGAUUUUGAGGGUUUUCUGAAUCGGACCAGGGUGACAUUUUUUCAAUAGGAAUCGGACCACAAACAAGGAAUCGGAUCAGGUCCGAUUUUUUGAGAAAAAUUCUGAAUCGGACCCGAAAAAUCGGACCACUUUUUCAAAAUUUGCUGAUUUUUGCACCAAAAAAUUGACUUUUCUGAAAAAGUGAUCCGAUUUUUCGGGUCCGAUUCAGAAUUUUUCUCAAAAAAUCGGACCUGGUCCGAUUCCUAUUGAAAAAUGUCACCCUGGUCCGAUUCAAAAUUUGCCAAACUUUUUCAACAAAAAAUUCCGAAAAAUUCAAACAGCCGACUUUUUCUUCUAAUUUAUUUUUUUGCAGUUAUGUAAAUAGCAAAUUCGGUCGUUUAUUCGAAUGUCUUCUCGUUGCCGCUGUUUCCGCAUUUUUGGCUUUUCUCACAAUUUUCGCCGUCGAUGAUUGUCAACCAAUUGGCCGAAAUCCAACAGCAACAUCGACACAAAUCAAUCAAAUGUGGUGUAGAAAAGGAGAAUAUUCGGCUGUUGCAAGUUUAUUCUUCCAAAAUCCCGAAGAAAGUGUCAAAAGUCUAUUUCACAGUCCAAUAAGUUAGUUCAACAAAAAAUUUUUUUGAAGAAAAAUAAAGUUUUCCGAUUAUUAUUCAGAUUCUUUUGGUGUCCCAACUCUCAUCAUUUUCGCCAUCGAAUAUUUUCUUUUAACCCUUUGGACAUUUGGAAUUGCAGUCCCUUCCGGUGUUUUUAUUCCAGCCAUUUUAACCGGAGCCGCUUGGGGUCGAUUAUUUGGAAUAUAUGUUGAAAGACUAUUCCCAUCGGUCACUGGAAUUGAUCCAGGAAAAUAUGCAUUAGCUGGAGCAGCUGCACAACUUGGAGGAGUUGUUCGAAUGACUAUUUCAUUAACUGCAAUUAUUAUGGAAGCAACAAAAGAUAUCACUUUUGGAUUACCAAUUAUGCUGGUUUUAAUGAUAACAAAAUGGGUUGGAGAUAUGUUCAAUGAAGGAUUAUAUGAUUCACAUAUUGAUUUAGCUGAAGUACCAAUUCUUGGGUGGAAUCCUCCGAAAAUGAGUAGAAAUAUUCUUGCCGAGUGAGUUGAAGCUUCUGGAGAGAAAAUUUUAAAAAAAUUCAUUUCUUUUUAGCAAAGUUAUGCGUCGAGAUGUUGUUGCUUUAGAAAGACGAGAACGCGUCUCGAGAAUUGUUGAAAUUCUCAAAACAACACUUCAUCAUGGUUUUCCAGUUGUUGAUCGAAUUGAGGAAUCUGUGACACAAACAUUACCGGAUUAUGGACGACUCAAAGGAUAUAUUUUGCGAACGCAAUUAUUCAAACUUCUUGAAAAUCGCGUUUUUGAUGAGGAACAUGCGAGUGAAAGUAUUCCGAUUGAUUUUUCAGAAUGUCAAGAUGAUGAUGAGUAAGUUCUCGUGUUUUUUAUUGGAAAACCAUAAAAAUUCCCAAAAUUCCAGCCAAAAUUCUCAAAUCGAUCAAUUAGGACUUUCUUCAUACGAUGAAUCUUGUUGGUUGAAUAUCGAACCAUUUAUGCAUCCACAUCCUCAUCGUGUUCCACUUAAUACUUCGCUUCCAUUUAUUUUCCGACUAUUUCGAGGUUUGGGUCUUCGUUAUCUUUUUGUUGUGAAUGAUGACAACAAAUUACGUGGUGUAAUAACUCGAAAAGAUGUUGCAAGAUUUCGAGAAAAGAGACGAAAUCGGGAAUAUCAAGUUGAUGAAUUGUAUAUUUCACAGUAA